AUGCCAAAGCACAGCAUACCCUGGGUUGCUGGACCAGACGAUACGAAUACCGCGGCCAUGCUAUGCAUUUCGUACCGAAUGGAGCAGAAGCUCAUGGUCGCCAUGUUUUACACACUAUCUAUGCCUUUCCGAGCAUCAUGGAUCGUCUCCAAGCUACUUUGGUCACACUUCAUUUCUGUCUCCUCCAACCGCAUCAUCGAUUUAGUCGUUGGUGACUUCGAGAAAAAAGAAUUUGCAAUUUUAGGCGUUCGUGGCACAUCACCAGCCUUUCAGAGCCCCCUUGGAUGCCACUCAGAGCAAUGA